UUUUCAUGUAGUCGCUUUCGAUACACCAAAGAAAUAAGGUUGUGUCGCUCCGUCGAACUCGUAAACAAGUAAAUCCGUGAGUGACCUCAACUUGUGUAGUUUUGUGUGUGACUCCGACGCUGUGAAUUCAAAAUGGGGUGUGGAACGAGUUUUGUGAAAUAUGUGCUGUUUUUCUUCAACCUGGUGGUCGCGCUGUUCGGUCUGGCGGUGAUCGGAAUCGGUGUCGCCGUGCUGCUGAACUGGUCUGUGAUCAAGCAGGAGUUGCAGGGUCACUUGACUGUUGCGCCAUGGGUGUUCAUCAUCAUCGGAGCGGUGAUGUUCGUUAUCGCCUUCUUCGGAUGCUGCGGAGCGAUACGCGAGAGCCAUUGCAUGGUUGUCACGUACGCUAUCUUCCUGCUGGUGAUCAUCAUCGUUCAAGUGGUGCUGGCUGUUCUGAUGUUCACCUACGCGGACAACAUCAAGGAAGCCCUCGUCAAAUCCGUUAACUCCCUGUUCGACAAACGAAGCAUAGAUCCCGCUGCUGAGACCGUAUUCAACAAUCUUCAAGAACAGCUCAAUUGUUGCGGCAAGAACAGCGCAUCUGAUUAUGGUCUCAUCCUGCCCAAGUCUUGUUGCUCCCGCUUGGGUACCGUCGGCAAAAUUCUUGCAGACCAGUGCACCAUCGCUGACGCAAAUAGCGACGGCUGCAGCCCGCGAGUCGCCGACCUCUACGAGAUGUGGAACAAGACUAUCGCUGGUGUCGCUAUUGGCGUAGCUUGUGUUGAGGUGAUCGGCGCCCUGUUCGCGCUGUGCCUCGCCAACUCCAUUAGAAACAUGGACAGAAGGUCACGCUACUAAUAUUUUGUACAUUAGAGCUGGUACGCUUGAAUUACGAGACAUCACGAUAAAUAACUUCAAAUAAGAACAAUCAACUUAAAUAACGAAACAGAAUACCAUAAAAUAUUAUGAUUAUCUAAAUGUUAAGUUAUUAUUAAGUUGAUAAAGCCCCACCUCAUAAUAUUUUCGAAUUCCGAACUGUUACCACUACCAUAAACAAAAUUGUUUUUUUUUUAACCAGAGACAAUCUAAUACGGGACCUGAUAACAUUGUUUUUCUUUCUAUGUAAUAUACAAUUUAAUUACGUUUAAAUUAAAGCGACUAUAAUUCCAUAUAAUCACUGUCUCUACCUUAACUUACUAGUUAAUCGAUACGCCGAAAACAUUACCUACACGGUAAUGUAGUUACGACAUUUUUUGUUGGUUAUUCAUUAAUUUUAAUUGACAUAA